GUUUGAAAUAUUUGCGGAGAGAAGUGGAGGCAGCCCUCGCGAUAAAAACUUGGGGAAGAGGUUUCCAACUUCUUUUCUUCAUUUGGGAAGAUCAGACAAGAGUUUUAGUUUUUAAUUUGUUUUAUGAACCUGAAUGUUUUAAUUCCCCGUAGCAUGUCUCUUCUUUUAACGGGCUCUUAUCUGAUCUCUCCGAUAUUUUCUCGACGCCCCACCAUCACCACCGCCGUCGCCUCUGACGCCUAGGGUUUCUUCUAGAAGGAUUCUCUCCUUUUUAGCAUAUAAGAGCCAUGCCAACUUUUAGUGCUAUAGCUUUGGAUAGGUUUUUAGAACCUGGAACUUCCAAAUCUGUCGACAAGUCUGGUCCUAAUUUAAAACCACCUAUCCCCAACCCAAAGCCUAUUACUAAUUCAAAGCUGGAGAGGAGGAACAGUACAUCAGUAACAGAGAGGAAGGUUAAUCGCCCCCAAAUAUCACCUGCUCUCUAUGCUACUCCUGAGGCAACCCCACUACCCGAUUCACCAUCUUCUUUCCCUCCUUCACCUUACAUCAUCAAUCACAAGCGCCGUGGGCCUCGCCUUUUGAAGAGCUUUUCUGAGGACAAUGUAUCAUCACGGCAAAAAGCCCUUGAAGAAAAUGAGGUUAACGGGAUUGCAAAGCUGGCAGAAACCAAGUCUGUUGAUUCAUUGAAGGAUGCUGUUACUUUUAGCAUUCCUGAACCUAAUGAAGAGGAGCAUUGGAAUGAUGGCCAUAAUGGUUCUAUGAAAAUGGAGCAGGCAAAUGGUGUCUCUAAUGGUCCUGUCAAAGUGGAGCAGGCAAAUGGUCUCCAUGGUGGCUCCAUUCAAGAUGAGCACAUGAACGGUGCCCAUGCUGGUGAAUUUGGGAGCAGUAAUAGGGAAGUUGGAAGCAGCCAAAUGAGUAAUGGUUUGGCCAGGGAUAGCGCUGUGCUUGUUCCAUUGGACUUGGACAGAUGCGGUGACAGUGAAGAUUUCUUUGAUCCAAAUGAAUCAAUGAGUGUCACAAGUAAUACCGAGGGAGAUGAUGAUACUGGGGCAGAAAGUGCUGCAAGGCUUGCUACACCAAGGGUGGAGUUUUUUGAUGCAUAUGACGAAUUAUCCUCUGAGAGUGGACCGCAGUCUCUUCUUCAUGACAUAGAUGCUGAACUGCAUGAAAUAAGAUUGAGUUUACUCAUGGAGAUAGAGAAGAGGAAGCAGACAGAAGAAGCUCUGAACAAGAUGCGGUGUAAGUGGCAAAGAAUCAGCCAAGAGUUGGCUGUUGAGGGAUUGUCACUGCCUGUGGAUCCUAUUGAUGUGCCAGAGGAUGAGCUGGUGAUACCAGCUAAAGAACUGAGGCAGCAAGUGGGUGUUGCAAGAUUUGUAUCGUUAUCUUUGGGACGGGGCAUUGCAAGGGCAGAGAUGGAGACGGAGAUGGAAGCUCAAAUUGAAUCGAAGAACUUUGAAAUUGCCCGGUUGUGGGACCGGCUACACUAUUAUGAGGCUGUGAAUCGGGAAAUGUCUCAGAGGAACCAAGAGGCUGUAGAGAUGGCACGGCGCGACAGACAAAGGAAGAAAAAAAGGCAGAGAUGGGUCUGGGGUUCAAUUGCGGCUGCAAUUACCCUUGGCACUGCAGCCUUGGCUUGGUCUUACCUCCCAACGGGAAAAGUGCCGUCUUCUUCUAGUAGUUCUCAGGCUCCUGACCAUGAUGAUGCAGCCAAGUGAUAACUUACUCAAAAUUCAAUAUAGCUGUCAUCGUAGCAAGAGAAUAAGAUGCGCACACUCUUCCCCGUGACUAGCAGUCUCCUGCUUUUGUUGGUAGCAAAUAUAUCUCUCUGCCAUGAGCCAUCAUCAGAGGAUGUACAGUAGUACCAUCAAAAAUAAUUUUUGAGUACUCCUACUAGUUUAUUCCCCUCCCUGGCGAUGUGGGAGGUGAUGAAUGUCAAUUAUAUCGGCCUUUGUUACCCAAUUUUGGCCUUCUUGUGCGCGUUAUGCACAUAUAAUCUCGUGGGAUUUUCUUUUUAACCAAAGGUCUCUUUUGAUUCAGGCA